AUGGUCCCCUGUGCCACCGUCCUGGCGCUGUGCCUGGCACUGCUGCUCGCCUGCCUGGCUCACGGUGAAGGGCUGGCGAGCCCCCGGCGUGUGAACUUCACUGCAGAGCUGGCAGGGCACCUGCUGAGGUGGGAGCCGGGGCACGGCUGCCCCAGCAACGCUAGCUACGACGUGGAGCUGAUAGUCUACGGCUUGGGAAUGCCCUGGAUAGCCAUCCCAGAGUGCACGAACACCUCGGAGCUCUCCUGUGACCUCACCCUCUACACCCUGGACCCCGAGGGGCGCUACAUUGCCCAGGUCAGGGCUGUGUCCGGGAACCUCACGUCUCCCUGGCAAAGGACCAGCGUCUUCUCCCCACAGGAAGCCGGCCUGUUCCUGGUGGGUCAGAGCCUCUCCGUGGUGGGCAACUCCAUCCAGGUGCGGCUGCAGCUGCUCCUCCACCCCGGGAACAUCACCCUGGAGUACAGCGAAUUCCAGAAGGAAAUGGCCCGGUACCACGUGUACGUCAGGAGCACACAGGACAACCACACGUUCACAGUGGUGGAGAAGAGUGCAGAGUUCACCAUCAGAGGGCUGUUCGAGGUCACAGAGUACUGCCUGAGCGUGGAGCCCAGGAUGGCCAACAGGCCCGUCCCCAGCACACGCAGUGACGAGCAGUGUGUCACCACCGGCCACAAGGACUGGAGUGCAGAGAUUCUCCCCAGCAUCCUCAGCUCCUCCAUCAUCCUGUUGUUGCUGGGCCUCCUGGGGGCUCUGCUGGCACACACCUACACAAGGAAACCUGUGAGGACACCGUCUGUCCUGAAGUCCUUCAUGAAGCAGAGCUCGCUCUGGGUGGAGCAUGAGCCCCCAUCUUCGGGCAGCCUGGAUGCAGACCCCAUCCAGCAGCUCUUCCUGUGCCAGAAGGAGCCCUGGCUGGACAGCAGCCCUGACAGCAGCAGCAGCACAGCCCAGCCGCCCCUGGAGCAGGGCUGGAAGCUCCCAGAAUGGUCCAAGGACCAGCUGUGCCUGCUGGAGCCCACGGGCAGCAGAGACAGCAGCGGCACCAGCACCGACAGCGGCAUCUGCCUGCACAUCCCCUCGUCCUCCUCCUCUUCUUCCUCCUCCUCCUCCCUGAGCUGCUCCGAGGGCCCCGAGCCCCAGGGCUACAGGCAGCAGCUGCCCACGGCUGAGGACAGCGGGAUGGGCUUGGAGACCCCCUGCCCUGCUCCUGGCUGCUCCUCUGGCAGCGGCAAUGCCAGCCCAGGGGAGCCCGGGCUCCCCGCUGCCACCAGCCAGGAGGAUGUGGAGUUCCGGGGGUACCUGCAGCAGUCUAAGGGCACCGUGGGGCCAGAGCAGCCCCUGGAUAAGGGAUUGUCCCUCUCGGGCUGUGCAGGGUCCGUGCAGGGCCUGGGCAGCACUGACACCGUGCUGGACAUGGAGUGCUCCGAGCUGGCUGUGUCCAAGGGGUAUUUGAAGCAGUCCUCACCUGAGCACCUCCUCACACAGGACCUCGCUCCAUGGGCAGCCCCUGCCUGGGACUUCUCCAGCCAGCCCCAAGCCCCCACUCUGCUGAGCUGGGCAGCUCCAAGUACUCCACUGACCUCCAAAGUCAGCCCUGAUCUGAAAACUCCCUUUGACCUGAACAUCUUCCACAACACUGCCUUCCUGGGGACGCUGCCACUCGUCUCCAGCCUCAGCUCCAGCUGGAUCACACCACCCAUCAAUCCCCUGAGCCAGCUCAGCGGGGACAGCAAGGACAGCCGCCUGUGACCCGCCCCUGGGGCCACCAGCCCUCUGCUCUGACCCAACUACCUCGUCUGCCACCGGAUAAGCUACCCCUGAAUGUUCCUGGUGCCAGGAGCACCAGCCCAGCCACUGCUGUGGGCAGCCUCCCUUAAUGGGAGACAGGGAUGGGCUGGGCUGGAGGGGCUCAUCCCGACAUCCUCAGGCCACCAGGGACACACACCAGGGCACCUCCGCCUUGUCUGCCCUCCUCAGCAGCCCAGUACAGGGUGCAGGGCCACCCUUGGGGGCUGGAGUAGUCCUGUGCUUCCACUUCCCCCUUUCCUGGGCCAGCUGGGCUCCUCCUGCUGAUGUCCACACUCCUGAUGCCAUCCCAGCCUUUCGCAACGCAGGCACCGAAAGCAGACGUCAGCCUGACAUCAGCACCCUGCUGCUGGCAGCACGGGGCUCCUGCCCUGCCUGGCCCCACGUGGAUGGACCCAGAGACUGCCCUGACCCUACAGACACCCUUCAGCAUCCAGCCCCUCUGGGAGAGCCCCAGGGCAGGCUAUGGGAUGCACCUACGAGCCCAGCAGGAGCCAGGGCAGUCCUACCCACACUAUGGUCUGUGUUCUGCCGCUGUUGGACACA